AUGGCUUUUGAUGCGAGUCGGGUUAGACUCGACCCGGAUGUGAUGGACGAGUCAGACCCAACCCAAAACAUUCCAGUAAAGGCACCCUUUCCUCAAGCUUUGAAAUCCACUGGAAAGGUACUGGAAAAUCAUGGUGAAAUCCUAGACCUUUUAACACAAGUGAAGAUCAACUUGCCAUUGUUGCAUGUGAUCAAACAAGUGCCGGCUUAUGCCAAGGUUAUCAAGGAUUUAUGCACCGUUAAAAGAAAGCAUCAUGUCAAGAAAACUGCAUUCUUGGCAGAACAAGCUAGCGCGGUAAUUGACUGCAAAACACCGCCUAAGUACAAAGAUCCUGGUUGUCCCACCAUCUCAUGUCAAAUAGGGGAACAGGAAUUUGGUCAAGCCCUUCUAGACUUAGGAGCAAGUGUAAAUCUCAUGCCAUAUUCAAUAUACUUGCAAUUAGGUCUAGGAGAACUCAAGCCCACAUCUGUGGUGCUACAACUGGCUGAUCGAUCAGUUAAGAAACCUCGGGGAAUAGUAGAAGACGUUCUGAUUCAAAUUGAAAAAUUCUAUUACCCUGUUGACUUUCUCAUCUUGGACACUCAAUCUGAAGUAAGUAUAGAG